ACAAAAUGUUAUAGUAGAGUAAACGUAACUGCAAUGCUAUGAUGUAAACAUUAUCAGUGAAACAGUAGAAUCAAUUUAAUCAUAUAUCUUUUCAUAUUCUCAAGGCCUUAGAUUCUUGUUUACUGUAGAAUAGAUAAGAGACUCAUAGUAUCUUGUUGAAUUGCAUUUUCAACGUAUACUGUAGAUAAUGUAGAGAUAGAUUGACUUUUUCUUUUAUUAUUAAAAUAAAUAAUUAUACAUAUAUAUAUAUACAGUGCAUUUUAUAAAAAGUAAAUUGUUUUGAAUAAAUUAGAAAGUGUAUAUAUCCGCUAUGUUUUAAGGUUAUGUUUACAUCUUGAAUUUAUUAUAUACUACACAGAUGUUUCGUAAAAUUUAUUUUGGUAGAAACUUUUAUGAUGCAUUAAAUGCAUUAAGAAACGCUUCUACUAAUCCUUCAAAUCGAAUACAAGAGUUUAGAGAGAAAUUAAAUACCUAUCAUAAUGAUAUACUAACGGAUUCAUUUAAAAGACGUCAUACAUACCUUAGGAUUUCAAUUACAGAACGUUGCAACCUUCGCUGUACAUAUUGCAUGCCAGUGGAAGGUGUAAAAUUAACUGCGAAAGAUGGAAUUUUGAAGACGGAAGAAAUAAUUAAGCUAGCGGCUUUGUUUGCGAAAGAAGGCAUAUGUAAAAUACGAUUGACAGGUGGUGAGCCUACAGUUCGUAAAGAUGUUGUUGAUAUUGUUGCUGAACUAAAAAAAUUAGAAAAUUUAGAACAAAUUGCAAUUACAACAAAUGGUUUGACAUUAACUCGUCAAUUACCAGCUCUUCAAAGAGCUGGUCUAGAUGCUUUAAAUAUUUCACUCGAUACUCUUAGAGCAGAUCGCUUUGAGCAAUUUACGCAUAGGAAAGGAUGGGCAAAAGUUAUGGCUUCAAUAGAUUUGGCUGUUCAACUGGGUUAUAAUCCAGUAAAAGUGAAUUGCGUAGUAAUGCGAGGCUUUAACGAUGAUGAACUAGUUCAUUUUGUUGAUAUGACCAAAGAUCGUCCAUUGGAUAUACGCUUUAUAGAAUAUAUGCCAUUUUAUGGAAACGAGUGGAAAGAAAAUAAGAUGGUUUCAUUUAAUGAAAUGAAACAGAUAAUUAGGCAAACUUAUCCAGAAUUUCAGGCACUUCCAAAUAAACUAAACGAUACAUCUAAGGCAUAUCAAGUUCCUGGUUUUGUAGGACAAGUAGGCUUUAUUACAUCUAUGACUCAAAACUUUUGUAGUUCUUGUAAUCGAUUAAGAAUUACAGCGGAUGGUAAUUUGAAAGUUUGUUUAUUUGAAGGAAAAAGCGAAGUCUCGUUACGAGACGCCCUUCGUAAUGGAACAUCCGAAGAAGACUUAAAAGAUAUAAUUCGUAAAGCAGUAUGGGGAAAGAAAAAACAGCAUGCAGGAAUGUUCAAUUUAUCCCAGAUGGAAAACAGACCAAUGAUUUUAAUCGGUGUUAAUCGAAAAGAAAAAUUUUCGUUUAAAACAAAAGUACAAUAUCAAAAACAUAAACUACUAGAAAAUUUCUCUUGGAGGAAUUAUGUAUCAUAUAUGGAUGAUUUUAGUCAGUAUCAUCAUCGAAUUGCUAGAAUGUAUUGUACACUUUCUCAUAUAGAUGAAACUGGAAAAGCUAAUAUGGUUGAUGUAGGAGGUAAAAAUGAAAGUAAGCGAAUAGCAAUAGCUAGAGGAGAGAUUCAGGUAGGACCAGUUAUAAGUAAAUUGAUUGUGGAAAAUAAUGUAAAGAAGGGAGAUGUAUUAUCUGUGGCACAGUUAGCUGGCAUAAUGGCUGCUAAACGUACUUCAGAAUUAAUACCAUUGUGUCAUCCUCUAAAUGUGUCAUAUAUAAAUGUAUAUUUAAAAUUAAAUGAAGAAUUGCAUCUAGUAGAAAUUACAGCCGAAGUAAGAUGUAUUGGAAAAACUGGAGUUGAAAUGGAGGCUUUAACAGCCGUAUCUGUAGCUGGACUUACAAUUUAUGAUAUGUGUAAACAUGCAGCCACUACACAUAGUAUGAAAAUAACAAAUAUAGAAUUAGUAUCAAAAAUAGGUGGUACAAAGGGUAAUUAUAUAAAAAAGUAAAUUGGUGCUAUACAUUGUAAAUAAUAUUGAUAAAAUAUUUUUAUAAAUUUGGUUAUUAUAAAAGAUUUAUAUUAAUGUGGAAACGUGAAUAAUGUAUAAGAAUAUUACGCUAUUAUUUUUGAAAACAGCAAUUGUUACAAUUAAUAUAUAAAUAGUAUUUUAUAUAGUAACAGUUAUCGAUGUUCACAAUCGUUAUAUAUAUUUUAUUAUUUUCUAUAAAUUUUGAUCAUCACAUGGAAGGAAUAAAAAAUAAAAUAUUAAUCACAUAUAUAUAUAUAUAUAUUUAAUUCCUAAUAGACUCUUGGAAUUAUAACAUUUAUUCUUAAUAUAUAAAUAACUAACAUAAAUGUGUGUGUGUGUGUGAUCAAUAAAUAAAAAGCAAUGGUGAUAUGAUAAAACAAA